GAAGAAUACUGUUGGUCAGUACGAGAGCCAUACUGCAUUCACCCUCCCAGGACUAUAUCGCGUCGUUCAUGGCAUUGAUGUUUUCGAUCCCAAAUUCAAUAUAGUGUCUCCUGGAGCUGACAUGACAAUUUACUUCCCAUAUUCUGACAAGGAAAAAAGACUAACGUCUUUGCAUGGCUCGAUUGAGAAGUUGUUAUUUGAUCCUGCGCAGAAUGAAGAGCAUAUAGGUAAUCUGAAUGAUAAAUCAAAACCCAUAAUUUUUUCAAUGGCAAGGCUAGACCAUGUUAAGAACAUUACGGGACUAGUUGAGUGCUAUGCUAAAAAUGCCACAUUGAGGGAAUUGGCUAACCUUGUUGUUGUAGCUGGAUACAACGAUGUAAAGAAAUCCAGUGAUAGAGAAGAAAUAGCAGAAAUUGAGAAGAUGCAUGCUCUUAUUAAGGAGCAUAAAUUGGAUGGGCAAUUCAGAUGGAUAGCAGCCCAAACAAACCGGGCACGUAAUGGUGAGCUCUAUCGCUAUAUAGCUGACAAGAGAGGUAUAUUUGUUCAGCCUGCAUUUUAUGAAGCAUUUGGACUCACGGUGGUUGAAGCUAUGACUUGUGGUCUUCCAACAUUUGCAACUUGCCAUGGUGGUCCGAACGAGAUCAUUGAACACGGUGUAUCUGGGUUCCAUAUUGAUCCUUAUCAUCCCGAUAAAGCUGCUGAACUCAUGGCAGAAUUCUUUCAACGCUGCAAACAAGAUCCUACUCACUGGGAAAAAAUAUCUGCAUCUGGUCUCCGAAGGAUUCUUGAGAGGUAUACGUGGAAAAUUUACUCCGAGAGGCUGAUGACUUUGUCUGGUGUAUAUGGUUUCUGGAAGCUUGUUUCAAAACUUGAGAGGCGCGAAACUAGACGAUACCUUGAGAUGUUCUACAUUCUCAAAUUCCGCGAGUUGGCAAAAUCUGUUCCUCUGGCAAUUGAUGACAAGUGAUGGUGCAAGCAGUAGGAUGCGAAAAUAAUCAUAAUAGCGUACGUGGAUAGAGAGUAGCAGCAGUUGUGAACUCCAUCAAAAUGCAGACAUAAAUCUUACACAUUACUCAUUGUGCCAUUGUCAAUAAAUGUGAUGUUAUUGUAAAAGCAAUUUACCGCCCCAUUCUACUUGAACUCCCAGGUUCCUGUUGUAGUUCUUAAACCAAUGUUCACUGUUAGUGGUUUUUUUUGGUUAAAGAGAAAUAUUAAUAUGAAAUACUACAUGCUGUUACUUAAGUUGCUCCUA